AUGGGACUCAAGGUAUGGAAGGACGAAGAUUCUCAUAAGGAGGGCACGGUCGUGUCAGAUAUCCCCCAGUCCUACUAUACAAACAACACAAAAGGAAGGGCUUUCACAUGGAAGGAGGUCGCUAAGCGAAACACGAUCGACAAUGCUUGGAUUAUCGUAAGAGGAAGUGUAUACGACAUCACUAAAUUCGCAGCCAAGCAUCCUGGCGGUCGUGAUAUGAUUCUACUGGGAGCGGGCAGGGAUGCUACUCAGGCACGCCGUGUCUUUGAGACUUAUCAUGACCCUGCCAAAGUCGCCAAAGUGCUCGAGUACGUGACUGCCAAUGACAACUUGUCGAAGUAUCACAUCGGAUACACUACAGAUGCUGAACUGCCCACGUUCCCAAAGCCAAGUGCUUUCAACGUCACUCUGCGAAAGAGAAUCAGUCAAUACUUUAAGGACACUCGCCAAGAUGCAAAGUUCCAUCCCAUUAACUUGCUCAAGUACUUUAUAAUCUACGCAUCGAUUGCAAUCUCCUACUAUCUGCAGUUCUACAACCCAACUGUAGUAAACAGUAAUAUUUUGUCGUUAUUGUGUGCCAUAGUAUUAGGUGUUGGAUGUGCUCAGAUUGGUCUGAUGCCAAUGCACGACUCAUCACAUGCCUCAAUAUCACAUAGCUCGACACUAUGGUGGACACUAGGAUCCACUCACGACUUUUUAAACGGUGCUUCCUUCAUGGUCUGGAUUUACCAGCACAUGUUUGGUCAUCACCCAUAUACUAAUAUCGCUGGUGCUGAUCCUGAUGUUGCUGUCGGCGACCCAGACGUCCGCCGUAUUGUAACAAAACAACAAUGGUUUUCCCACUACACAUACCAACACAUCUGGGUACCAAUCGCUUACGCCUUCCUAGGAAUGAAGGUCAGAAUACAGGACAUCACCAUCUUGUUUGUUCACAAGAAACUAGACCAGAUUAGAAUCAACCCUGUUCUGCCUCAUCAAGCUGCCUUGUUUUGGGGUGGAAAGGCAUUCUUUGUUGUUUAUAGAAUAUUGAUGCCGUACUUGUUGGGCAACAGCUCGGCUGGACGAGUGUUUUUGUUGUUUAUUGUUGCUGAUGCUAUAUCUAGUUAUUGGUUGGCUCUCAUGUUCCAGGCUAAUCAUGUUGUAACUGACGUGAAAUGGCCACAACCAGAUGAAAACAACGCCAUGCACAUUGACUGGGCUGAAAUGCAAGUAGAGACCACUCAAGACUACCAACAUGGAUCUACUCUAUGGGCAAACUUGUCUGGAUCCUUGAAUUAUCAAGCCGUGCACCACAUCUUCCCAAAUAUUAAUCAAUCGUAUUACCCUGAAUUGGCGCCCAUCGUGAAAAAUACUGCUGCCGAGUUUGGUAUUCGAUACAGAAUCAAGGACACUUUUAUGGAAGCCUUUAUUGGUCACAUAGACUAUCUCAGAGAGAUGGGAUCUCAGCCUCCAGUUGCAAAGGCUGCAAAUUAG